AAAAUUUUGCUGGAGUAACUGAAUAUCUAGAUGGAAGUAAUUAUAUAUUAAUUAGUUUAAUGUUUAGUCUGUUAACAAUAUUUAGCCAAAAAAUAAUAUCUGAUGCUGAAAUAGAAGUUAUAGAUUUAACUAGCCCAAAUACUGUCUUUGAUGAUAAUGUUAGUUAUAAAGAUGCUCCAGAAGAUGAACCCAUUACUCAACAACCUAAACAUAGAAAAUUAGUACAAGAUUAUUUUAAUCUUGAAAAUCAUGUUAAAAUAGCAUUGUAUCAAUCUAUUAAUUACUAUUAG